CCCGGAGCGGCGGGACUCGGUCCGCGCCCGCCGCGGAGGCCCCGAGCCCGCACACACCGCCCACCGGGCAGGGCAGGGGGGCCAGGCGGCCUCCCGGGCGCCCGGCACCAUGAGCAUCGAGAUCCCGCCGGGCCUCACCGAGCUGCUGCAGGGCUACACGGUGGAGGUGCUGCGGCACCGGCCGUCCGACCUGCUGGGCUUCGCCGCCGAGUACUUCGCCCGCCUGCGGGAUGCCCGCGACCAGGAGGCGGGCGGCGGCCGCAGAGUGGUCAGCUUCGACGGGGAGCCCAUGCAGACCGAGUCCAACGGCGACGAGGAGCCCGAGCGCGGCGACGAGGACUCGGACUCCGACUUCGAGCCUCCAGUUGUUAACAGAUACAACAGAAGAGUAUCAGUUUGUGCUGAAGCUUUCAAUCCAGAUGAAGAGGAAGAAGAUACAGAACAAAGGGUAGUUCAUCCAAAAACUGAUGAGCAGCGAUGCCGACUGCAGGAAGCUUGUAAAGAUAUCCUGCUCUUCAAAAACCUAGAUCAGGAGCAGCUGUCUCAGGUCCUUGAUGCCAUGUUUGAGAGGAAGGUGAAACCUCAGGAACAUGUGAUUGACCAAGGUGAUGAUGGAGAUAACUUCUAUGUCGUUGAGCGGGGACUGUACGAUAUUGUUGUAGCAAAAGACAACCAGUCACGCUGCGUGGGCCGCUACGAUAAUCACGGCAGCUUUGGGGAACUGGCAUUGAUGUACAACACUCCUAGAGCUGCCACCAUCGUUGCCACAACAGAAGGAGCCCUUUGGGGACUGGAUCGAGUGACAUUCAGAAGAAUUAUACUGAAAAACAACGCAAAGAAGAGAAAGACAUAUGAAUUAUUUAUUGAGUCGGUGCCCCUUCUCAAAUCCUUGGAGGCAUCAGAGCGAAUGAAGAUAGUGGAUGUUAUAGGAGAGAAAGUGUACCAAGAUGGGGAACGUAUCAUUUCUCAGGGCGAUAAAGCAGAUUGUUUUUACAUUGUAGAAUCUGGUGAAGUAAAAAUCUUGAUUAAAAGCAAGACUAUGACGAGUAAAGAAGCUAACCAAGAAGUGGAGAUUGCCCGGUGUCACAGAGGGCAGUAUUUUGGAGAGCUUGCACUUGUUACCAACAAACCCAGAGCAGCCUCUGCCUAUGCUGUUGGGGAGGUCAAAUGUUUAGUCAUGGAUGUGCAAGCGUUUGAGCGGUUGCUUGGACCCUGCAUGGACAUUAUGAAGAGGAAUAUAACACAUUACGAGGAGCAACUGGUGGCAAUGUUUGGCUCUAGCAUGGACCUAUUGGAUCCAGGGAAUUAGGCACAGGGUACCUCAAUGCCUUCUUAGUUCAAGACACAGAAAAGCCUCCUAUCAGCAACACAACUCACAAGGACAACGGACACUAUGGAACAGUUACUGCUGCUGUUUUCUUGGGCAUUUUAGAAACCAUAAGUCUCAGCACAGAUGGAUUGCUCACUCCCUGCCUCCACUUUGCUGCUGAUACUUCAUUAUUAGACCUAGAUUAAAGAUGAUUCUAACCCUAUGUUCACUUACUUGGUUCAGAAUGGCAUCUGUCCAACAGUUCAAGUGCCUGAUACGAAACCCAAAGUGUGCAAGAUAUAGAAGCCUCCUUCCUUCUGGGUGUUACUGUUGGGAUAAAUUUUCCAAUCAGAUUCUGUAGUGGGAGGUUGCCUGUUCUGCAGAGGCAGCCCGUGGAAUACAAUCCGUUCAUGGGCUUAUUACCUUCAUACGAUGCUUUCCUUACACAAUGUCAAAUUCGCUUUUAAUUGUAGCAUCUGGUUUUGAAGUUAAAGUAUCAAUGGAGCCAGUGAAUAAGAUGGCACUGAAAUUUCUGUCCACCUGCUGAAAGUGGCAGGUACUAAAUAGCUCUUUAAACCAAGUAAACCGAUCUGGGGACAUGGGAGAGUCUGCUUAGCAUCCGAAUGCAGAAAAUGAAGCAUUACUAUAUUUUAAGUGUUUUCUGAGCAGCAAAGACAAUUGUUUUACUCUAUGCUGCCCAAAAAAGUGCAGUGGUUCAGAUCAAAUGGCCUGAAAGUGUCAUAAUUGUCAUCUCCCCAAACUUGUUCCUUGUUCCCGACACUGAGUACAUUUUAUGGUGGUGAGAUCACAACGUAUGACCUUCUCUUGCUUACAGAAAUCCUUUAUACUGCUAGAUUUCCCAGGGCACAGUUGUUGACUGGGUCAGUUUUAAAGCUUUUUAAGGAGGUGAAUGUUUUGUAAUUUAAAUGAAGACUACUUCUGUACUUGUUUACAGGAGCUUCCCCCAGUCCUAACAUUUCACAGUAUUCUAACUUCAUUAGACACUUGGAUGCUUCCAAAUACCAUGUUGAUUUGCUAAACUUUUCAAAAGUUGGCAACAUUUGACUUUGUGAAGCAAAUGUCUUUGCUAACUACGCAGUUGGUGUGUUUGAGGAGUCUUUUUGGUCUAGGUGAUAACUAAGCUAAUGAUGUUUAUCUAAAAUACUUGUUAAAUUUGCAGCAUUUAUUAGGUAGAUUCUGUUUCUAUAGCUUUAAUGACCUUAAUUGGCAUAUGGCUGAGAUUUUAUCAAGAGUAUUAUCUAAAUAAGAAUCAGACCAUAAGAAGGACAUUUUUAUGGUGUACAAACAGAAUAUUUAUAUUAAGACAUUGAUUUUGGAGGUAAUAAAUCUAGUGACCCUUUGAAUUUGCAUUCUUCCGCUGCUCAUGCAAAACAUACUGGUGUUCUAUGGGGUUAUAAAAUUUAAUUGUGGAUGCUAGUGUAACAGAACCUGCUCUUUUUAUUCAUGGCCAUGUGAGCAAGAAUGGAAGGAUGCUAAUCUUGAAUUCCUGCUUUUAGUUAUCACAGUGGACGUUUCUCUGAGGCACGAGAUGCUUAGCAGCAACUCUAAGUUGAUUUCUGGACACUUCCCUCUCCCCACCCCCCCAAAUGGAUUUUCCUCCCAUUUCCUGCAACAUGAGCAAGAUGGAAAGUUGAUCAAUUUGAAUGGCUGUUGUCCAGUUACUGUAAUUUCAGUCAUAUUUUUAUAUAAUGCAAAUGAUUUGUAAUGGACACCACUGAUCUCGGUGUUUCCAUAUUAUUAAAGUCCUGGUUGUGAUGUCUAGUGGCUGUUCUAACUGCAUGUAUUUUAGAACAGUGAAUUUCCCUUGCUUUCCUGGGCUGUUUCUUUGUCAUAAAUUACAGCCAAAGAAGCAGCAAGUACUUCUCAUUCAUGCUUCCAAGGUUUAACACCAAAGACAAAAGUAAUUCUUUUGAUUACAGAAUUAAAAAGCAAACAGACCCUCUAAUAAACUCAAAACAAGCCAACAAAAAACCCACAAAAAACCAAGAAGAGAUGAAAAAACCCACUCAUCAGGUUCUUGCAGUGAUAACAGAUUUAACUUUAAGAUUCUUUGGGCUCCAUGACAAGCGUCUUUCUGAAGCCAGCUCGUGACUGUCCUGUGAACCAGACAUAAACUGUUCUCUGAACGAGUGUGAGUUUCUGUGCUGCCUAAACUGUCAUGUGAACUAAACAGACAAUUGCUGUGAAUAAUCACCAGCUGGCCUUUGUUGCUCCCAGGCAGAAUAUCCUCUCUUUUAUCCAGAGGAGCCUGGCAGGUUGGGCUGCCUUACAGAUGAAUUUUGGUUCUUACAGCCUUUGGUUCUCUUGCAGGACAGGACUGUAACCUCAGCACAGGCAGACAUGGGCAGUUGUUCUGAAGCUUAACCAAAAAUCAGGCGAGGCUGAUGUUAGAUUCUUGAGAUAUUUCUGCCUGGAAGGGAGGAUUUGAUGGCUUCUGGAAGUGAAAGGAUAAUAUGAGAAUUUAAAAUCAAAAAUUGGGAUCCCAUGUGAGCAAGAACAAGCGUUUGAAGUUUUGCCUUUCUCUGGGCUCCCUGGAGCAAAGGCACAGUGGGCAAUGCCAUCCUGCACCCAGGGUCUGUGCAGCAGAAUUCCAUGGUGUAGAGAGGCAGCUGACCUUGAGCUGAAAGAGAACGUGCUACUAAGAAAGCUCAUCCAUUUAAGAGCUGUAAUGUGCAAUAUGCCUGAUUGAUGUGGUUUAACCAACCUGUUCUGUACAGUUUUGGAGCAUGAAGAUAGUGAGAGAAGCUUUAGUAAGAUACUCAGUAUUGGCAGGAAUCUGGUUAGAGCACCAGCAGUGAGCAAAGCUGGAAGGUGUGAGUGGUGAUACCAAGUCCACGGAGUGAGUGGGAGUACCUCUUUGUGACCAUCUGCCCCAUCCCUGUAUUCAGCUCGUUCCUUUUCACUUUGUUCAUUGCAGUUGUUGUAGAGAACAAGCCCAGGUGUUUUGUUACCACUCAGUGUUCAGUAAAUCUGCCAUGGAGUCUCUGAAAUUGGCACUAGAGAGAGAUCUAGUUUUUAAUAAAAGAGCUCAGCAGCAAAGUGGGCACAGAGGAUCAUGUCUUCAAGGCCUAGAGAAAGACAAGUCUCCUGUUUGUGAUUCCCUGCUUGUGAUUGUGGUGAAGUCAGUGAGAGGAGCUUUCAGUGGUCAAAUAUCCUGGCAUAUGGUAUUUCUGUCUAAUGUCACAGCACAGGUAAAAGAACAAAAAAGGGCAAAAGUGCUCUAUUUUUAGAAACAAAAGUGCAAAACUUAAAACUUUAAAACAAAACUUUAAAAACAAAGUGCAAUUUUGCACAGAGGGCAACAAAACCCCAAAUCCCUUUGAAUGUCACUUCCAUUCUUUCUUUUUUUAGUUGGCUGAAAGCAGACUCUUGUUCUUGACAUGUAUUUGUAAACUAGUCUUGCCAAAAUACAAACACGUUGGGUUUUUUCACUCCAGAUGAUUUUCGUUGUUACGGUUAUUGCUGAUCAUUUUAGCUUUUUUUCAAACCGUGUAUUUUAUUUCAAGAGGCCUUCCCUGAGGAUUUCCUCCUGGAGCUCUGCAGCACUCCACUGCUAUUUUGAGAGACAAGAGGAAGUCACUAACCUCACAGGAGACACUCAGCUUAGCUGGCUGGAGCUAAUAAUGCGCUACUAAUUUUCCUCUGUGGGGCAGGAGGGGAAUUGAAUUCUGCAUAAAGUUGCUACCUCAAGGCUCCAAGUGCUUUUAAAGGUCUUUCACUUGGGAGAAUUUAUUAAGACAGUUCUUAAAAUUAGUCUGUUCUUUUGAGUUAAAUGUUUUUUUAAUUAAUUCAUUGAGGGACCCUUAUUUUAAUUCAUUUUACUUUUAGUACUUGAUUCUCAAAGGAUGAGCAGCUGCGAAGUUUGGUUCUUGCACUGUAGUGUUGAACAUGAAA